AUGAAAGCUUUUAACGCGCAUCCAGAAUAUUAUUGUAUUUAUCAAGAUGAUAGUAACAUUCUUGUCGAAGUGUACAUGGGAAGUAAAAAAUUUGCCGAAGUUUACAGUAAGUUCUGGAAGACGGCAUUAUAUGAAGCAUUUUGGAUGACAUAUGAAAAGCUUGGUUUAAAUAUUUACGAUAAUGAUAAAACUAAG